AAAAUUAUGUUCACAGAGUAACCCUAUUACGAAGCUAAGGUGUUUCUUAAGUCCUAUAAUGAUGCCAUUACAUGUUUAAGGUAAGAUAAUUGUGAUCGCAAUUAAAUAGAGAGGCAGCAGAACAAAAAGCUCAGGUUGAAUUCUAAGAACAUGUGCUUCAAUCACUUGCUACAGCUCGCACAAGAUAGGAGGUAGGAAUUGUGAAUAAAUUUAGCUUGAUGUAAGAGAUGGUUAAGUGGUGCCAGGAUUAAAUUUUGGGUAAUCAAAGUAGACCAAGCUUUUCCAAUUUUCAAAGUAUCUAUUUGUCAUUAAGGAAAAGUCUAGUGUUUGCAAAAUAUUUGAAAGGGUUUGAGGAAUACAGUGGCAAUUUCAAGGGUUUCCAAUAGAUUGUGAUAGAGGGAUUGAAAAAGAUGAAAUCAGAUGUGAAAUGAGAUAUGAAU